AUUUCUUUGUAUCCCCAAACAGACCACUAUAUUGUUUAUCACCCGUGGCAUCAAGAUUCCUAGUCCUCCUGGGCUCCUUGUUGCUGGAGAAAAGGAAUCUUCUGAGGAGCGUCAUGUUGAACACUGCAAAGAAGUGUGUGGCUCGUUUGUGCAUUGCAUUAUAAAAUAGAAGAAUGUGUUCCUGCAACUGAGUACACAAUUAGCGCAGAUGUUCGACCUCUUCCUUGGUUCAAUACCAAUAGAUCAAUGAGCACCGGAUAAACAGUUUUUGAAAGCACUGUUCAUUAAGCCUGCCGGUAUCGACUACAGUAUGUAGGACUCUUGCAACUCAAGAGUAUGAGUCCUACUAAUCCCCAUCUGCAGGUGCUCGUGGCACUAUGACAGAAGGAAGAUAGCGUUCACGUGUUUUAAACCCUGCUGCCAGUUUCCAUUGCCCUGUGAAAAAGCGGGAGAAAGCCAACUCAGAACUCAACCAUUUGCAGUAUCAGCAUUAUUGCUAUGGUCCGCUUGAUGGAUUCCGUGACUCGGUUGUGUGGCGACGCCUGUGCAAUCUCCCACACGGAUCAGGACAGACAGCACCUGCCCCUCUGUCUCUUUCGAGUGACGCAUGAUGGUACUGACGAUGGAAAGGUUGGCCCAACUCCCAGACCUGAUGCAAACGGUACUAUGUGGCCUCGGUAUUGCGGUCAGCGGAACAUCACAUCAGGAGAAAUAGCCCGCCAUCUGAAGAAAAGCUCGCGCUUUGCAACACAGUUUUCGUCAUGCACGACCUGGGCUCAGCUAUCAUCGCGAAUCAAAACGUGGAAAAAAUCCGGUGUUAGCAACUUAUGCGUUCAUGUCAUCUUCACCCCGCUCCUUCCGCAAGCGACCGAGAUAUACAAGGCUACCGGCCUGAUACGCCUAUUCAAUCUGAAACAGCGUCCUUGGAAUGAGGAGGAAUAUCUCGUGCGCGGCCCGAUCGAUUCCAGCGCUAUUAUCCUAUCAUUCUCUGGGGAAGGAGAAGAGAUUCUUCUAGAACUACCCUUGUUCGAAUUCCAGUACCCCUUCUCGGUUGUUCAACGAUCUAAGGUCCUAGUUCCCAUGCCAGAAGGCAUUUUCUGCAACCAUCAUCCGACGCCUCAAGAUCGCGUAAGAAUAAGGACCGCCGGCAUAAGUUGUGAUUAUUUUCUGGCCAAGGGGAAGAAGGAUGGCAAGUCGCGGGUCUUGCUUGACACUUUCACACGGGGCAGGUUUUUCACAGUUGCGGAUUAUGAAGCGGCGAGAAGCUCGUGGCAACUCUCACGAUGAGUUACUCAAUUGAGGUGGCUCGUACGCGACUUCCUAGGGUAAACAUGGAUCGCAUAGCUAUUCUAACACUUGAAUCAAUUCUGGUAGCCG